CCUCGAAGAACGUAGAAGAUAAGCCCUAAACCACAGAUCAGAGGUUAAAGUUCAGACCCCUGGAAAUAUCAAAAGUUGGAGUUGGCGGGUUUGCUGUGAAGAAGAAAUCUGGAAGCAGAAGAGAGUAUGGGAUGGGCGAUAGAGAGCAAGGAAAAUUAGAGGAAGGUAUACGGCUGGAAGAGCCUGAGAAUGGCUGCGCGGAGGAUACCGACGAUUUAUCGUCGAAGAUCAGGGCGCUGGAGAUGGACGAGAGUCCGAUUAUCGAGUCGUUUGGGCAGGUGCUAGACAAAGUGCAAAAUCUUUACAAGAAAGUGUCAUCUGUGUAUGACGGUCUGAAUUCUCUGAUUGAAGGCUCUUUUCAUGAUGGUGACUGUGAUGAUGGGAGGCCGGUUUGGACGCGAGGACCCAACUUUCUGAGGGCGUUUCGAAGUCAAGUCCGGAAGGAGCAGAGCGCUUUACAGGCUCUUUGGAAAGAAGUGAAAUCAUUGCCGACCCCCGAGCUCGAAGAACGUCUGCUGCAUCGAAUCCGGUCGACCAAUUUGCCUCAUCUAGAGGCCGUUUGGAACGUAUUCGAGCACGGUGGUUAUUCCGGUGUGGUUUCUCUCGGUUCGGGAAUAAAGCCUGAAAGCAGUGGUGGGUAUGCGGGUGAUCUUACCGCUGCUUAUGGAGAGAGCGUUGUGAAGAUCUCGCGGGUGACUGUGUCGCAGUUGAAGCGGGAGAUUGCUACGAUUAUGUUGGAGCUUGCCGAUGACGAACAACAAAUGUCGGUCGAGGAGAUUGUGUCUAUGACUGAGGUGUUUCGAGCGGUGGAAAAAGUGGUGUUGGAUGUUAAAGGGAGCGAGUAUUGUCACGAUGCAUUGGCAGACAGUGAGGGAUUUCUUCCUAGAUUAUUGCGACCACAGAGAUCAAUGGAACGAGCGGUGACGCUGUUGGUUUACAACAUCGGUGAGCAGGAUUUGCUAGGUGUCGAUGGAGAGAUUGUGAGGAAUUUUGUUUCCGUCAUUUCAUCUUCUCUCAAGAUUGAUGUCAGAUUAUUUGGAGAUCAUACUCUAUCAUUUGAAAAUGACCGGUCUGCGAAGGAAAUUAUCGCGGCUAUCAUGAAAGAAGACCAUCACCAUUUUCUGACGCAAGUGCCGCCGAUGCUCAAUUUCGAUGUCACAGGAGGAUUCUGCCUGAUUUCCGACAUCACGAACCUGACUCCAGAAGAAGCUACCAGAAAACUAGACUGGCAACGCGACAACCCGCCCCCGUCUACGUCUGCGCCCGACGAGCUGUACCAAAAGUCCGCGAACGCGUUUCAAUUUCUGAGAAAUCAGAUCGAAGCUGAAAGACAGCAUCGCGUGCUGCAUCAUGUGUUGCGACCGCUUGUUGAAGGCGGUGAGAGAACUCUGAUCUGCUCGCGCCAGGUGAGGCAGAAGUUGAUUGAUAUGGCUGAUAGAAUGGGAAGCGCAGAGGAGAAGCGCCGAGCGCGACUGAUUUUUCUAGAUAUAGACGCGCGGGAUGGGUUUACGAGCAGUUGCGGGGAGUGGCUAGACAGCAUACCAAAACUCCGGGUUAUUGGUCCCGAAGUCGAUCAAGAAAAGAUAUCUUCCCCAAACGAGGCAUGGAUUGAAGAAGGGGUUCUCAGGGUAGCACUGGACUAUUCACGGCAGACGGAGAAGAGCGUUAUGCAUGUUACAGGGAAUUUCAAGGUGGCCAAGCAGCUUGCGAAGAAGUUAGAGGGGUCGGGAUGGCUUAUUGUGAACUCACGAAGCUUGGCGGGAGGGUUCUGAGCGAAUCGAUACUGCAUAGCAUAUACUGCAUAGCAUAACAGAUACUCAAUUGAAUGGGGAACACCCCGACAGAUACAGAUAUAGUCUUUUGAUGACACUGAUUCAAGACUGAGUGUCCAAGAUCAGAUAACGAAGCAAGGAGUCAGCCUGUCGACGUCGGUCACAGAAAG